AAACACUACCAUGACUAGCUAGCUUAGCUUAACUGCUAACUAGAUUACACUUAUUACUUACGCAUAUUUUAACACUACGUUAGUUAAUUAUCACAGUUUUAAAAUAUUUCACAACGUUCGCUUCCAUGGCAAAGUACAAGACUUCUGCAUACAAAGGUCCUUAUGACUAUAACAAAAGUGAGGAGCGGGGGGGAAGAUGUGUGCGUUACAAAUGUGGCCAACUCAACACCAUACAGGGUGUCCUGCGCCAAAGACCAGGUUGGGUUGAAGUCAAAGAUGAAGGAGAGUGGGACUUCAACUGGUGUGAUGUGGGCUGGCUCAGGGAGAAUUUUGAUCAUUCAUACAUGGAGGAACAUGUAAGGGUAAACCACUUUCGCAACCAUUAUGAGUUGACUCGCAAAAACCUCAUGGUGAAAAACCUCAAAAGAUACCGGAAAAAUCUUGAAAGGGAUGUUGGCCGCAUGGAGGCAUCCAAAUGUGAUUUCUUCCCCUGCACCUUUACACUGCCCAGCGAAUAUCAUCUCUUUGUUGAAGAAUUCAAAAGAAGCCCUGGUAGCACCUGGAUCAUGAAGCCGGUAGCGAAAUCUCAAGGGAAAGGCAUUUUCCUGUUCAGGAAACUGAAAGACAUCAUGGAUUGGAAAAAGGAUGGCACCCGCUCAGAGGAACAGAAGGAUGCAGCUCAAGUGGAAAGCUAUGUAGCUCAACGCUACAUAGAGAACCCCUACCUAAUUAAUGGCAGAAAAUUUGACCUGAGAGUCUAUGUGCUGGUCACAUCCUAUGUUCCCUUAAAGGCCUGGCUGUAUCGAGAUGGGUUUGGCCGCUUCUCAAGCACCCGCUUCUCCCUUACCAGUAUUGAUGACAAAUAUAUGCACCUCACCAAUGUGGCUGUUCAGAAAACAGCGCCAGACUAUGACCCCGAAAAGGGAUGUAAGUGGCAGAUGCAACAGCUUCGAAGAUACCUGACUGCGAAACAUGGCAGAGAGACUGUAGAAUCCCUGUUUAAAGAGAUGGAUAACAUCUUUGUCCGCAGUCUACAGAGUGUACAAAAGGUCAUUAUCAAUGACAAACACUGCUUUGAGCUCUAUGGGUAUGACAUACUGCUGGAUCACAACCUCAAACCGUGGUUGAUUGAGGUGAAUGCCUCCCCGUCACACAGACCCAGUAGUCAAGAGGAUUACGAGAUGAAGUGCCGGCUGCUGGAAGACACUUUGAAUGUUGUUGAUAUGGAGGGAAGGCUGACUGGCAAGGAGAAAAGGGUGGGUGGCUAUGAUCUCAUGUGGAACGAUGGGCCUGUCUUUAGAGAGGACGUCAACGUGGAAACAUUUGGCAGUUCAUGUUUCACUGCCAACACACACUUAGGGUGCGUGAAUGACAGGGAGAAACAGCUUCGCCAGCUUCUAAAACCAUUUCCAGGACAGAAGAGGAUGUAACCAUGUAUCAUUUUUAUGUCCCACCAAUAGAGUACUUUGCAUGUUUCUGGGAGAAGAAAGGCUCCGGUAAACACAAAUAAACUGAAAAACAUUAGUAAUACUUCAUACAAAAUGAGCUUUCUGUGAUGAUCUGAUCAUAUUCCUAGCACUUGUGUUGAAAUUUGAACAUGCAAAUGAAUGAAAACUACAUUAUUUUUAAACUACGGCAAACCUUGUAAUUCUUUUAAUCGCAGAGUUAAGGCUGGUUAAGUUUAGGAUUUUAGCAAAGUCUCAGAAACAAGGACAGGUCAACUGUAUAUCCUUUCUUCACGUGUCCCAAAGAAUGGCCAGUGCAUCAAUAUCCCUUGAGUGCAAAACAUUUAUUUCUAUGCCUUACAAAUACUUGCAUUUGAACAUUGAGAAAAUACAUACCACAAUCUUUCUGCAUGCAUGUCAACAUAAUGUACACUAAUAUUGCCCCUCCUGGCCCCUUACCUAUGGCUUUGAUACUUUACAUGAGUUGAAGUAAUGAGGCGCAAUCUCAAUAUAUAUCACAUUUUUUACAUUGAUGUAGUGUUCCCAUGAAUCAAGUGCACAUGGUAAAUCACAACAAACAGAUGAGACAAUAUAAACACAGAGUUCUACAGACUUCAAGUAUGCAGUGUGAUACGGACGUGAUAUGUAUAACAUUACCAUGUUGCAGCAUAACAGCGAUGACGUGUGGAAUCAUUGAAUCACAGGGAUGACCAAUGCCGUAGACACCAAGUUACAUCCAGCUCUUUGACUAAAUAGUUUCUUUUUAUGCAUGACAAUGGAAACAAAAUAAUGACAAAGAUGAAUACAAGUCAACUACAACACUUUUCAUAAAUAUAACUAUGGUAUAUAAAAUUUGGAAAAAUAUGCAUUUACAUUUGUAGCAAACACCGUCUUCAAUGACAGAAAGAGCUCAGCUCUAUGCAAAAUACAUGAUAUCAUAGACUACAAUUCCAGCUGUUCAAACAUGAAAAGCCCUUGUAACCAAAACAAUUCAAACCAUUGCUCAAAUAUGACUGAGACAAAUUACAUCACUGCAGUACACCACCACUCAUUGUGCCUCCUUUUCAGUCAAAGAUGCUUUAAUUGAACAUAUAUAUCUUAAAACAUGAGGCGCCAAAGAAAAGAUCAAAUGCAACAUCAAGUAAAGUAAAAGCAUUUAAAACAAAUACAUUCCAACAUCACAAACUCCACUAGUAACGCUAUGGUCGUAUUUGAUGACUUAAAUGUAAUGAUCCGUGUUAAACUUCACUAUGGAUUACUUGUGCUGAAAGCUGUCCAAGCGAAGAGUAGAUGCUUAUUUUAUGCCUAUUUCAACAUUAGUAGUACACUGAGAGAUGAUGAUGUGCAGUGCAGCAGAAUUCAAUUUACAUAAAAGCUGUGUUUAAUAUCUAGUAGUGCUUUGGAUCGUAAUGAGCCUUCUGUCAAAACACAAUCCAACAGUAUGAUUGUAUACUUGCUAUGCAUUUUGAAUUAAAUACAGUGUGUAUAA